AUGGCGCCGAAAGCCAUUAUUGCGCCCUCGGUGCUGAGCGCCGACUUUGCCGAGUUUGGCCAUGCGUGUGCCCGCACCAUGGAGCAGGGCGCCGACUGGCUUCACGUCGACAUCAUGGACGGCCACUUUGUGCCCAACAUGACGUUUGGCGCGCCCGUUGUCGCCAAGAUUCGCGGCUUCGUCGACAGACCGACCGAGAACCACGGCCGCGGCACCUUUGACUGCCAUAUGAUGAUUGCGGAGCCCAAGAAAUGGGUCAAGUCUUUCAAGGACGUCGGCUGCGAUCUAUACUGCUUCCACUACGAAGCUGCCUUUUCGACCGACGCCACCGACCCCGAACAUUCCUCCGAGGGCAAGACGAAUCCCCGCGACCUCAUCCGCUAUAUUCACGACAAUGGCAUGCUUGCCGGUAUUGCCAUUAAACCCGGCACCUCUGUCGAUGUGCUGUGGGAGUACCUCGACAAUUCCGACCCCAAAGAGCUACCUGAUAUGGUUCUUGUCAUGACAGUCAACCCCGGCUUUGGCGGCCAAAAGUUCAUGGCGUCGGAGCUUCCCAAGGUGCAGGCCCUGCGCCAACGGUAUCCCGACCUCAAUAUCGAAGUCGACGGCGGUCUCGGACCCACCACCAUUGACCAGGCAGCCGAUGCGGGCGCCAACGUCAUUGUCGCCGGCAGCGCCGUGUUUGGUGCCAAGGACCCGGCCGAGAUGAUUGCGCUGUUACGGAAAGCCGUCCAGGACAGGAGCGGCAAGCUCUAA